UGGGCCUGUUUAUUCGCUCCGGGCAUUGCAGGGAGAGCGCUAGAGUAAACAAGCCCAGAUUGAGGGCGGCGGGGAAGUGGGCGCUCCGUUUCCCGCGGGCCGCAGGGAAGGUGCGGCGGGCCAGGUGGGGCCGAACCUGCAGAGACCGCUUUCUCCCCGGGACGAGCCAGCGCCAUUGUGAUGCGGUGGGCGGGGUGAAGCCAUCGAGUCCUGCCUCAAUUUAGGGCUCCCCGCUUCCAGGCGCGCCCAUUUCAGAUCGCUGCACCCAGGUCUCGGGGGAAAACCCGGAGGAGGUGGCCGGCCACACCCGCCGCGGUGCGCGCUCUGCAGGCAGACGCCGGGAUGCGGGGCUCGCGGCUGCUGGGCGCUGCCCACCUUCUCUGCCUGUGCGCGGCCGCGCUGGCCCUCCGUCCCCGGCCCAGCUUUCUGGUGAUAGCCCCAGGGAUCAUCAGGCCUGGAGGAAAUGUCACUGUUGCGGUGGAGCUUCUGGAGGACAGCCCCUCAGAGAUCAUGGUAAAGGCAGAGGUUUUCAAGACUGCAUCAAACCAAACCGUCUCUGUUCUGGAAGCAGAAGGAAUCUUUGAAAAAGGGUCUUUCAAGACACUUACUCUUCCAUCACUACCUCUGAACAGUGAGGAUGAGAAUUAUGAACUACACGUAACUGGACGUACCCAGGAUAUGAUCUUAUUCUCCAAUAGCACACGCUUAUCUUUUGAGAUCAAGAGAAUGUCUGUCUUCAUUCAGACGGAUAAGGCUCUCUAUAAGCCAAAGCAAGAAGUGAAGUUUCGUGUUCUUACGCUCCUGUCGGAUUUCAAGCCUUACAAAACACCGGUGAACAUUCUCAUUAAGGAUCCGAAGUCCAAUUUGAUCCAACAGUGGUUGUUUCAACAAGGUGAUCUUGGAGUCAUUUCCAAAACUUUCCAGUUGUCCUCUCAUCCGAUACUUGGUGACUGGUCCAUUCAAGUUCAAGUGAAUGAUCAGCAGUAUUAUCAAUCAUUUCAGGUCUCAGAAUAUGUAUUACCAAAGUUUGAAGUUGCUUUACAGACACCAUUAUAUUGUUCUUUGAAUUCGAAGCACUUAAAUGGUACUGUCACGGCAAAAUAUACCUAUGGGAAGCCAGUGAAGGGGGAUGUGACACUCACAUUUUUACCUUUAUCCUUUUGGGGAGAGAAGAAAAAUAUUACCAAAAAAUUUAAGAUAAGUGGAUCUGCAAACUUCUCUUUUAAUGAUGAUGAGAUGAAAAGGGUAAUGGAUUUUUCCAAUGGGCACUCUGAAUACAUGGACCUGUCCGUCCCGGGACCCAUAGAAAUUGUAGCUACGGUGACGGAAUCACUCACAGGUAUCUCAAGAAAUGCAAGUUCCAAUGUGUUUUUCAAGCAACACGAUUACAUCAUUGAAUUUUUUGACUAUGCUACUGUCUUGAAGCCAUCUCUCAACUUCACAGCUACUGUGAAGGUCACCCGCUCCGAUGGCAAUCAGCUAACUGCAGAAGAAAGAAGAAAUAAUGUAGUCAUAGCAGUGACCCAGAGAAACACCACCAACAUCUGGAAUUCAUGGACCAGUGAUGGUCAGGAAGCGAAUGAUGUCCAGAUCAUAAAUUAUACUGUGCCGGAACACGGAAUCUUUAAGAUUGAAUUCCCGAUCCUGGCCGAUUCCAGUGAACUACAGUUGAAGGCUUCUUUUCUUGAUACUGUGAGUAAUAUGGCAGUUCAUGGCAUGUUCACAUCGCCUAGUAAGACAUACAUCCAGCUAAAAGCAACAGAUGAAUAUGUAAAGGUGGGAUCACCUUUUGAGUUGGUGGUCAGUGGCAACAAGAAAUUGAACAACUUAAGCUAUAUGGUAGUAUCAAAGGGGCAGUUUGUGGCUGUAGGCAAACAAAAGUCAAGAAUCUUCUCCUUAUGUACUAUGUUGCAGAUGAUGGGGAAAUUAUAAAUGAUGUUCUAAAAAUCCCUGUUCAGCUUGUUUUUAAAAAUAAGAUAAAACUAUUUUGGAGUAAAGCGAAUGCCAAGCCAUCUGAGAAAGUUUCUCUUAGGGUUUCGAUAACACAGCCUGACUCCAUAGUUGGGAUCCUAGCUGUUGACAAAAGUGUGAAUUUGAUGAAUGCCUCAAAUGAUAUUACGAUGGAACAU